AUUCCAUCCAUCCUAUUCGCGCCGCAAGCGCAAGCACUCAUACAAAUUUAUUUACCUUCAUAUCAUAAAUCAAAAUACAGGUUAGGCAGGUUUAAUAUUACCGAAGAAAGACGAAUAACGCCAUAUGAUGUGUUGAACUUUGCCAUUGAUGUAACAAGAUAUCAAUUCAUAUACUAGUCUGUGACGAUUUCACGGACAGUGUCUUGUGAGACUCCACUAAAAUAGUAUAUAUCCAUCAUGUGUAUCAUAAGAUUUUUUUCGUGCGAAGCAUUUAGUGUCCAUAAGACUAAAGAAAUACUUCAGAAGCUAAGAGUCGUUGACCUUGAUGUGGCGGAAUUAUCUACAGAACUGUGUUACCAUGUGGAGUUGGCGGAAGGCUGUGAAUACCUCAACAUUAACCAGAUAAAGAUUCUGCAGUGGCUGUUGAGUUCCCCGCUGCAGCCCAAUGCCUUGAGAAAUAAUACUGUCUACACUAAUGUGAAAGACAACCAGAUUGUUAUUGAAAUUGGGCCAAGAUUCAAUUUCUCUACCGCCGACUCGAGUAACUCGGUCCAAAUUUGCGAAAGCGUGGGCCUACGCGAUGUGGUUCGCCUCGAGGUUUCAACGAGGCACCUCAUCACCUUUAACAAGACUAAGAAUGUGUCGAAGAAGCACUUUGAGGAGCUGGCCUCAGUUUUGCAUGAUAGGAUGACGCAAUGUGUAUACACUUCGGAAAACCUCCCAAGGCACAGCUUCAAUGAAGGGCUCCCGAAGGAUUUAGAGCCCUGGUCCGUGGUGCCUCUGCUGAAAGAGGGACGACCAGCUAUGGAGAGGGUCAACCAAAAACUAGGUCUGGCGUUCGAUUCCUGGGACUUGGACUUUUACACGGAUCUGUUUGUAAAUAAAUUGAAGCGGGACCCGACCAGCGUGGAGUUGUUUGAUCUAGCUCAGAGCAACAGUGAACACUCCCGUCAUUGGUUCUUCAAGGGCAAAAUCAUUCUAGACGGCAAAGAAAUCAACGAAUCGUUGAUUGAUAUGGUAGCUUCCACUCAAGCGACGUCGAAUGAUAACAAUGUCAUUAAGUUUGGUGAUAACAGCAGUGCCAUCAAAGGAUUCAAGCACACAAAACUAAAGCCGACCAACAUCCGAGCGCCAUCCCAAGUCAUCCCAGAAGUGACUGAAUCUGACAUCAUCUUCACAGCGGAGACCCACAAUAUGCCCACCGCGGUCGCUCCGUUCAGUGGGGCUACUACUGGGACUGGUGGGCGUAUCAGAGAUGUGCAGGGGGUGGGCAGAGGAGGUCAUACUGUUGCUGGAACUGCUGGAUAUAGUGUUGGCAACUUGAACAUUCCCGGCUAUGAUCUGCCGUGGGAGGAAAAGAACUGGGAGUACCCGAGCAACUUCGCCAGCCCGCUGCAAAUCAUUAUCGAGGCCAGUAACGGUGCUUCUGACUACGGCAACAAGUUCGGAGAGCCGGUUAUUACUGGAUUUGUUCAGUCAUACGGUUUGAAAAAUGGUGACAAUGUGCGUGAGGAGUUCGUAAAGCCGAUCAUGUUCAGCGGCGGUAUUGGAUACAUGCCGCAUUCCAUGAUCAAGAAGAAUAAGCCAGACAAAGGCAUGCUUCUAGUGAAGAUCGGAGGGCCUGUGUACCGCAUUGGCGUCGGCGGCGGCGCGGCGUCUUCCGUGGCGGUACAAGGGGGUGACUCUCGCGACCAUGCGUUGGACUUCGGGGCCGUGCAGAGAGGUGACGCUGAAAUGGGCAAUCGUCUAAACAGAGUCGUAAGAGGAUGCCUUGAGGCUGACGUCAACCCAGUUGAGUCGAUCCAUGAUCAAGGCGCCGGCGGGAACGGAAACGUUUUGAAAGAGCUCGUGGAACCCGAAGGCGCUGUGGUGUUCACAAAAGAGUUCCAGUUAGGAGACCCUACUAUCACUACCUUGGAGCUGUGGGGCGCGGAAUAUCAGGAGAACGAGCUGUUGUGCUCUAAGAAGAACAGGACUGUUCUAGAAGAAAUCUGCCAACGCGAGCGUUGCCCAGUUUCCUUUGUGGGUGAAGUGACUGGUGACGGCUACAUGAGUCUCGUGGAGGGCCCCUUCAGCGACCAAUACCUCAGUAGGAACGAGAGACUGAAGCCUGAGGUCAAGGCCAAACUGCCGUACGAUCUCCACUUGGAAGCUGUCUUAGGAAAUAUGCCAAGAAAGACGUUCGACUUGAGACAGGACAAGACAACCAAGCUGCCACUCUCACUGCCAAAAGAUGUUACCGUCAAAAGUGCUUUGGACAGGGUCUUGAGACUCGUCAAUGUUGCUAGCAAGAGAUACCUAACGAACAAGGUGGACCGCUGCGUCACAGGCCUAGUAGCUCAGCAACAAUGCGUGGGCCCUCUCCACACGCCUCUAGCUGACUGCGCGGUCAUCGCCCUGUCCUACAACGAGCUCGUCGGCUCCGCCACCUCCAUCGGAACUCAGAAUAUAAAGGGUCUCCUUGACCCUGCUGCGGGAGCGAGGCUGUCACUCGGAGAGGCCCUUACCAAUUUGGUGUUCGCUGGCAUCUCAUCGCUCGAGGACGUGAAGUGCUCGGGCAACUGGAUGUGGUCCGGCAAGACGGGUGGCGCGGGCGCCGCGCUCGUCGUGGCGUGCGGCGCCGUGUGCGCCGCCAUGCGCGAGCUGGGCGUGGCUGUGGACGGCGGCAAGGACUCGCUGUCUAUGUGCGCGCAAGUCGCUGGCGACACAGUACGCUCGCCUGGAACCCUUGUAGUUUCCACUUACGCGCCGUGCCCUGAUAUCACCGUCAAGAUUGAACCGGCACUGGUAGCAGAGAACUCUGUGCUCGUUCACGUGCCCGUAUCCGCUGGCAAAUACAGAUUGGGAGGUUCUGCCCUGGCGCAGUGCUAUAAGCAGCUCGGUGACAACCCGCCUGAUCUCGACCAACCGGCGGUUCUGAAGUCUCUGUUCAAGGUCACCCAGAAACUACUCAAAGAAAAGAACCUUCUAUCCGGCCACGACAUCAGCGAGGGAGGUUUCAUCACCACCGUCCUAGAGAUGGGCAUCGGCGGUCUCAGAGGCGUCCACAUUGACCUCCAAGCCCCCGUAUCAGCCAUCGAAGCUCUCUUCAACGAAGAAUUGGGCAUCGUGGUAGAAGUGGCACCUGGGAAUCUGCAAUAUGUGCUCGCGGAGUAUAAUAACAGUGGAGUGAAGGCGCAGAAGAUUGGUGUUACCGGCAAAUAUGGCAUGCGUUCUGAGGUCUCCGUGAAAGUAAAUGGCGAGACAGUGCUGAAGACUCAGUUGAUCGACGUGUACAGAAUGUGGGAGGAGACUAGUUACCAGCUCGAGUGCUUGCAGGCCAACUCCGCCUGCGUCAAACAGGAAUGGGAAGGUCUCGACCAACGCAAAGGUGUAACAUACAACGUGACUUACGACCCCACUGCCGCCGUAAUCAAAUCCAAAUCCGUCCGGGUAGCAGUUCUUCGUGAAGAAGGAACCAACGGCGACCGUGAAAUGAUCGCUUCUCUGUUGAUGGCGAACUUCGACGUGUUCGACGUGACCAUGAGCGAUUUGCAGAACGGCAAGAUCACGCUUGACGCUUUCAAGGGACUUGUGUUCCCGGGUGGAUUCAGUUAUGCGGACACCCUCGGUUCAGCUAAAGGUUGGGCGGCUGGCAUCUUGUUCUCCAACUCCCUGAGCUCUCAGUUCGCCCACUUCAAGGACCGAAGCGACACAUUCUCGCUGGGCGUGUGCAAUGGCUGCCAACUCAUGGCUCUGCUCGGCUGGGUCGACCCUGAGGCCAAGGCGCAGAACAAGACUCAAGUGUUCUUGGACCAUAAUAAAUCUGAGAGAUUCGAAUGCCGCUGGAGCGCAGUAAAGAUCACCGCCGGCAGCGACAACGACGUCUGGUUCCGCGGCAUGGCCGGCAGCACGCUUGGCGUGUGGGUCGCGCAUGGCGAAGGCCGAUUUACUGCUAGCGAUGACGCGCUAGCGAAAAUGCAGACCCAGAAACAGAUCGCUAUGCAAUACGUCGAUGAUAAUGGAGUCCCUACCGAGACUUACCCGAUGAACCCUAACGGCAGUCCGCUGGGUAUCGCAGGCGUGCGUUCCCCAGACGGGCGGCACGUAGCCAUGAUGCCGCACCCCGAGCGCUGCGUACUGCGCUGGCAGUGCGCCGCGCCGCAAGCCGCGUCCGCCACCGUGGCCGACCCCCGCAGCAACGCUUCGCCCUGGCAGAGGCUCUUCCAGAACGCUUACACGUGGGCUGAGAAACAUUAAAACGGACAAGCAAAAGAUCGAUAAUGUUAAGGAAAAAUAAACGACUCUCCUACAGGCAGAGACGUAUCUAUUUAAAAAUUUGCCGCCGCAUUUAAUACGUAUAAUGUAUUUCAUUAAAAGAAAUUGCUCUGUCGCCCCCGGGCCCUAGUAAUACACCAUUGCUUUUAGACAAUAUGAUUGUUAACAAUUUGGGUAUAUUUUACAGAGGUUUUACACCAUAAAGCUUUCGGCAUGCGUUUUUGUGAAUGACUCGAUCUAUAAUGUAAUUACCGGUGCCUCAAAAAUUCGGAAUGAUAUUUAUAUUGCCCAUUUUCCUUUACGCUGCUCAUCCUUUAAUUUCAACUGAAAAAGGCAGCGCAAGCUUGAAAGAUGCUGUAUAAUAAUAAUAUUGUCAAUUACUACUUCUAGCUGUUGCUGAAAAGAAACGAGACGUUUUCUGUAUUGUUAGUCAUAAUUUAGGAUUACAUUCCGUGGUUGCGGGG